AUGCAAGGACCUGGUCCUAUUGAUCAUCUCGAGGCCAUGAACAAUCAAAUCGGUCAGAAUCAUCCAUGGAAUUUGGAGCAGGAGGAAGAGCCGUACAAUCAGUUUUAUCGUCCACAACGACCGAGGCAACAGCAACACCAGGCUCAACAGCAACAUCAGCAACAAGUGCAACAGGAUCCUCAAAAUGUACGUAACCACCACAAUCAAUUUUAUCCUGAGGGUCAAGAACAAAAUCGGAUGAAUGAUAAUGGACGAUUGGAUCUGCAACAUCAACGGGACCGCCGUCUAAAGCUCCAUCCACAUUAUCGUCCAUAUGUUCAGAUACAGGAGAAUGGUCAGCAGCAGCAUCUAAACCAGCAGUACCAGCAGAGGAUUCAUGAGCAUGGUCAAAGGAAUCAGGUUCAUCAACGGGACCACCAGCCACAGCUCCAUCCACAUCAUCAGAGACAAGAGAAUGGCCAGCACCAUGGUCAGAAUCUGCAAAACCAACAGCAUGUUAAUCAGCAUGUUUCACCAGGAAGGCAACGAUUCCAAGAAGUCCAACACCACCAAGUAAUUCUUCAUCGGAAUCAACAACAACACCACCAGGUACAUGAUCGCAUCCAACGUCAUCAUACAAACCAACAAUGGCACCACCACCAACAAAAUCAACAACCGGAUAUGCAUCAGAGUGAGCAGCUUGUUCAAAAUCAGAAUCAUGAUCUUCGACAGAAUCCGAACCAUGAUCUUCGACAGAACCAGAAUUCUGAUCUUCUACAGAAUCAGAAUCAGCAGCUCUUCCAAAAUCAGAAUCAAGAUCUUCGACAGAAUCAGAAUCAUGAGUUUCGAGAGAAUCAGCAACCUGAUCGUCAAGCCCAAGGUCAACACCACCGCAUGCAUAUGCCCCACAACAACCAGGUGCAUCUCCAGAGGCGCCAUGGUCCAAUUCCAACACAUCAUCAUCACCUCAAUGCUAAUCGUUACAACCCGAUUGUUAAUGAUCAGAACACAAGAGGUCGGCCAACGGCAGUUGAGCAGAACCGCCGGGAACAAGAAUUGGGAGCUAUGAAUGAGUUUAUUGAUUUUUCAAGGAACCAAUGGGGUGAUCCGAUGCUCGGGCAGUUCAACCAGGAAUUACCAGAAGCUUCUCGUCAAGUUGGAAAUCCACCAAUCCACUUGAAUGGUCCAGCAGUUGCCCAGAUGCAACAAAGUCUAAUCCCAGUUCCUCAAGAUCCGAUGGUCAAUCCUCAGCCUCUUAAUCCAGAAAUUAAAAGAUUGAGGGAGGAAAACAGACAGCUGACAGAUAGAAUCGUUGCUCUUCACGAUCUGCACCCGAUUUCCCAAGAAGAUCUUGCUCUUCUUCAAAAGGAGUUAGGAGAAUUGAAAGGAGCCAAAACUCGUCUGGAAACCGAAAAUUUGGCGCAGAAGCAGGAUCUGGAGAGGGUGACAAAUUUGUCGUGCAAAACGGGUCAAGAGAACACAGCGUUGAAAUCUAGGAAUGUAUAUUUGGUGAUGAGAGUGAAAGUUCUUGAAGGAGAAUUGGCUAAAAGUCAUGGACGCCAAUCGUCCGCAGCUCCUAUUCCAGCCGUCGACCUAUCUGACGGAACUACCAGCAUCAAAAAAGAGAUUGUAGAAGAUCAUGACGACAUCCGACCAGACCAUGAAGUCAGAGUGGUGGCUAUGGUCAAGAGCAAGAAGAAGGCAAUCAAAAGAGAGGUAAUAGAAAUGCCAAAAACUGCAAAAGAGGCCGUGGAACGGUAUGAGGAAAUGUUCGAAGGCAAGAUAAUCAUCUCCGAGCGAUUUGACAUCCGAUGCUUCUUGUUUGACAAAACCGAGCCGGGUGAAGAAAAAAAUGGAAAAUGGGUGCCGCGAAAAGUUUUGAAGGCGUGCCAGCUCAGAAACUUCUAUCAGCACUUCCGGCCGAAAAGAGAAAAUCCAGAAUGGAAAGAAGUGAAAAACGAUGCGAAGGUUGAAGAGAGGUGGAGGAAGAGAUGGAUGGCGGUGAGGGAGGAGCAAAUUGCUCAGUACCAUGCUGGACUAAUCUUCUUUAAUGAUGAUUAUAAGAAUUUGAAUUUGUAA